UCCCUCCCUCCUUUUCCUUUUCCUCCAUCCCUCCUUCCUUUGUCCCUCCUUCUCCCGCUGCAGGUGCUUCCAAGGAGCCUUCCGUCUCCAGCGCAGGGCCAUGGCCUCCUUGGGGGUCCCAUCCCCGGGCCCCCCCUGCCCCGCAUGAGGCCUCCCGGGGCCGCCGCAGUGCGAUGCCUCUCCGCAGUCCCUUCUUCUCCUCCCUCCCUCCGCCUUGAGCCGCAAACAUGCCCGAGCCUGGGGGGCACCCCGAAAACGAGCGCCCCAAGCGCGAAGGGGCCGAGGCAGCGCCCCCCACCCCCGCCGGGUCGGGCGUCCUGGACAAACUCUUCGGGAAGCGUCUGCUCCAGGCCGGGCGCUACAUCAUGUCCCACAAAUCCUGGAUGAAAACGGUGCCCACGGAGAACUGCGACGUGCUCAUGACGCUGCCAGACACCACGGACGACCACACGCUGCUGUGGCUGCUCAACCACGUCCGCCUGGGCAUCCCCGAGCUCAUCAUCCAGAUCCGGCACCACAAGCACACGCGGGUCUACGCCUUCUUCGUCACGGCCACAUACGAGAGUUUGCUCCGAGGGGCCGACGAAAUCGGUCUACGGAAGCCGGUGAAGCCCGAAUUCGGGGGAGGCAUGCGCAGCUUCUCGUGCGAGGAGGAUUACAUCUACGAGAACAUCGAGAACGAGCUGUAUUUUUUCACUUCUCAGGAACGCCAGAAUAUUAUCAGGUAUUGGCUGGAGAACCUGCGAGCCAAACAAGGGGAGAGCCUGCACAACCUCCAUUUCUUGGAAGGGCAGCCCAUCAUCCCAGAACUGGCUGCUCGCGGCAUCCUCCAGCAAGUCUUCCCCGUCCACGAGCAACGGAUCCUCAACCGGCUGAUGAAGUCGUGGGUACAAGCCAUUUGCGAACCCCAGCCUUUGGACGAAAUCUGUGACUACUUUGGCGUGAAGAUCGCCAUGUACUUUGCCUGGCUGGGCUUCUACACGUCUGCCAUGAUCUACCCGGCCGUCUUCGGCUCCCUCCUCUAUGCCUUCACCGAGAACGAUCAGACCAGCCGGGACAUCUCCUGCGUGGUCUUCGCCCUCUUCAACGUCGUCUGGUCCACGCUGUUCCUGGAGGAGUGGAAGCGCCGGGGGGCCGAGUUCGCCUACAAGUGGGGGACGCUGGACACUCCGGCGGAGUCUAUCGAGGAGCCACGGCCGCAGUUCCGGGGCGUGAAGCGGGUCAGCCCAGUGACGAAUGCGGAGGAGCUUUACUACCCGCCGUGGAAGCGCAUGGCCUUCCAGUGCCUGGUGAGCCUCCCCAUCUGCGCCGUCUGCCUCUCCUUCGUCUUCCUCGCCAUGUUGGGCUGCUUCGAGUUGCAGGAAUUUGUGCUGAGCAUCAAGGAGCUGCCCCGCAUUGUCCGCUUCUUGCCCAAAAUCGCCCUCGCCGUCAUCGUCACGGCCUGCGACGAGAUCUACAAGAAGAUCGCUUACUGGUUGAACGACAUGGAAAAUUACCGGUUGCAGAGUGCCUACGAAAAAAACCUCAUCAUUAAAAUGGUCUUGUUCCAGUUUGUAAAUUCCUACCUAAGUCUUUUCUACAUUGGAUUCUACCUCAAGGACAUGGAGCGGCUGAAGGAGCUCCUGGUCAUCUUCUCCCUCUUCCAAAGCCUGGUGCGUCAGCUCAAAGACGCCGUCCUCCCCUCCGUUUUCCUCCGGUUCCGCCUCUCCUUCAUUUCCUUUCAGCGCUGGCUGGGCUUCUCUUGGCGGCGGGCAGAGGGCAAAAUGCUGGCCACGCUCCUGAUCACCCGCCAGUUCCUGCAGAACGUCAAGGAGGUCUCCCAGCCCCACCUCUACUCCAAGUUCAAGCGGGGCGACCUGAGUCCGCAGCACUUCCGGGAGGCGGCCCAGACCCUCCUGAAGCUGCUGGCCCAGAAGUGGGGGGGACCCCGGUGCCGCCCCGCGAAGGCCGAGGCCGGGGCGAGGGGGCCGGCCGACGGGGAGAAGAAAUGCCUGAACGGCGGCUGCGGGGCCCCCGAGGAGGAGGACGAGGAGGACGAGGAGGGGCAGAAGGACUCGGACUCGGAGGACGAGAGCCUCCUGGACUGCGGCCUGAAGCUGAAGAAGGUGAGCUUCAUCGAGAAGGCCGAGCGGAAGCUGGGGGGCGAGGAGCCCAGCUUCAUCGAGGAGGGCAGCCCCACCAUGGUGGAGAAGGGCAUGGACCCCGCCUCCGUCUUCGAGCUGGGCGACGACGACGACGACGAGGAAGAGUCCGCCGGCGGCGGCGGGGUUCCGGGUAGCCCCCUCAAGGGCCUGAUGAUGGAGGCGGUGGUCCUGCGGCCGCGGAGGCGCCGGGGGGCCCGGAACCCCGUGGGGAGCGAGGAGGAGGAGGAGGAAGGGGACGAGGAAGAGGAGGACGGCGAGCGGCGGCAACGGCGGAGGAGCGCCCGGUCCUCGUGGAUCGACCCGCCGGCCGAGAGCUUCACCACGCAGCUGGCCCAGGCCGAGGUGGAGAGCUGCAUGAAGAAGUACGAGGACACCUUCCAGGACUACCAGGAGAUGUUCAUCCAGUUCGGGUACGUGGUGCUCUUCUCCUCGUCCUUCCCGCUGGCCGCCCUCUGCGCCCUGAUCAACAAUGUCAUCGAGAUCCGGAGCGACGCCUUCAAGCUGUGCACGGGGCUCCAGCGGCCCUUCGGUCAGCGGGUGGAGAGCAUCGGGGAGUGGCAGAAAGUGAUGGAGGCCAUGGGGCUGCUGGCCAUCAUGGUCAAUUGCUACCUGAUCGGCCAGUGCGGACAGCUGCAGCGCCUGUUCCCGUGGCUCAGUCCCGAGGGAGCCAUCAUUUCCGUGGUGGUGCUGGAGCAUUUUGCCCUUUUGCUCAAAUACAUCAUCCAAGUGGCCAUCCCGGAUGUUCCCGGCUGGGUCGCCGAAGAAAUGGCCAAACUGGAGUAUCAGCGGAGAGAGGCCUUUAAGAAGCACGAGCGCCAGGCGCAGCACCACUUCCAGCAACAGCAGCGGCGCAAGCGGGAGGAAGAGGAGCGCCAGCGCCAUGCCGAGUACCACGCCGCCCGCAAGGAGCGUGAGGGCCGGGAGGAGGGCAAAGGAGGCGACGCCGGUCCGGAUCAAACGGGCCCUGAAAAGGGCCAAGGCAAAGGCAAAGGGGGCGGCUCCCACGGUGCCGAGAAACCCAAGCGGCCCAGCUCCUUGCUGGCCACCAACAACGUCAUGAAGCUGAAGCAGAUCAUCCCGCUGCAAGGGAAGUUCUUAUCCGGGGGCACGGCGACGGCGGCGGGGGGCGGGACGGCGGCACAAUCCCCGACCGGCUCCUCGGCCGACAACAAACUCCCCGGUUUCCUCAGCUUCAAGUUCCUCAAGUCGCCGGAGAUGAAGCGGGAGGCCGAGAAGGUCCAGUCGCCCACCAAGCCCUUCAACCCGGGGAAACUCUUUAACUUCAGCAAGUCCGAGGGGGGGAACGGGGCCCCGGCGCUGCGGUCGCAACUCAACGGCGUGGCCGACGAAGAAGCGACCGAGGAGGGCGAGAUCCGGACCGCGGCCGAGGAGGACCACAAACUUUAGCAGUUCGGGUUCGGACAAAGGAAAUCCAGCCGUUUAGUUCUCCAAGCAGAAACGGCAUUCGGAAUCGGUGGUCGAUUCCGGUCCGGAAAGCGGGUUUUAGGACCCUUCCUCAAUAUCCCCCUCUAGCCAUCGCUUCGGGUUUUGGAGAUAAGUCCUGAAAGUCCUUAUGAAAAGUUAAAUAUCUGUAUUUUCCGUCCCUCGAAAAGGCCAAUCCGCAUGACAUUUUACCCCCAUCCUUUUUUGGUUUGGUGACUUAGGUGCCCGGGAUGUAAACAAGGGCAUCCAAAGCCUCUCCCCCAAACUAGGAGGGUUUAGAGCCAUCUCAAAGUGGGGUAAAUAUGGCGUUAGAGAAGUUGGGGAGCCUUUGAACUCCUCAAGAGAACCCCGAAAUGGUUCGGGAUCAUUCCCCAAAACGUGAGAACCACAUGGCAUUUACCCCAUCCUUUUUUGGUUUGGUGACUUAGGUGCCCCGGAUGUAAACAAGGGCAUCCAAAGCCUCUCCCCCAAAUUAGGAGAGUUUAGAGCCAUCUCAAAGUGGGGGUUACAGAAGUUGGGGAGCCUUUGAACUCCCCAAGAGAACCCCAAAAUGGUUUGGGGUCAUUCCCCAAAACGUAAGAUCUAGGGAACUCUGCAAAAGGCAAUGAAUUCAUUGAGCUAAAUUACUGUAACGGUAAGUAUUUAUCCAGAGAGCCCUGGCCAUGCCUUCUGUAGUCAUUGUACUAAAUUACUGUAACGGUAGGUAUUUAUCCAGAGAGCCCUGGCCAUGCCUUCUGUAGUCAUGACUUUUCUCAGAUACAAUCGGGAGAUGGGGAAAAAGAACCUGCGAUCUUUGGGGCAGAGCGGAGGGUGAGUCCUGGCCUUGUAAUGACUUGGAAAGCCAACUUAGUCAAUCUAUAGACUCCUUUGCAAAUUGUGAGGCGACUAGUAAGAGCUGUCGAAGGUUUUAAGGGCCGGAAUCACUGGGUUGCUGUGAGUUUUCGGGGCUGUAUGGCUAUAUUCCAGAAGCAUUCCCUCUUGAAGUUUCGCCCACAUCUAUGGCAGGCAUUGUCAGAGAUUGUGAGGUCUGUUGGAAGCAAGACAAGUGGGGUUUAUAUAUCUGUGGAAAAAAGUAACUGAAUUUUGACCCCAGAAAGUAACUGGCUAUGAAUGCAAAAGAACAGGAAUCUCACCCCAAAAAGGAAAUAAUUUCGGAUACAAAAGAACAGGAAUUUCACCCCAAAAAGAAACUGGCUUUGAAUCCUCAAGACUGGCUUUUGGGGAUUUCACCCCAAAAGGAACUGGUUUUGGGUCCAAAACAACAGGAAUUUGACCCCAAAAAAGUAACUGGUUUUGGAUCCAAAUGCACAGGAAUUUGCCUCCAAAAAGGAACUGAUUUUGGAUAGAAAACAACAGGAAUUUGAUCCCAAAAGAGGAACUGAUUUUGGGUCCAAAACAACAGGAAUUUGACCCCAAAAAAGUAACUGGUUUUGGAUCCAAAUGCACAGGAAUUUGACCCCAAAAAGGAACUGGUUUUGGGUCCAAAGCAACAGGAAUUUGACCCCAAAAAGGAACUGAUUUUGGGUCCAAAGCUACAGGAAUUUGACCCCAAAAAGGAUCUGGUUUUGGGUCCAAAACAACAGGGAUUUGACCCCAAAAAAGUAACUGGUUUUGGAUACAAAUGCACAGGAAUUUGACCCCAAAAAGGAUCACGACACCACACAGCGGUUCCAUAACAUUAUAUACAAACAAUUUACAAGUUACAAAGUCCAUCGCUCAUUUGAGACAUGCUUUCUUAGCAAGCAAAUCACAUCCUCUCUCCUUGCCGAUCACGACACCACAGUCUUUAAUCAGCUGUACACAGCGGUUCCAUAACUUUAUAUACAAACCAUUUACAAGUUACAAAGUCCAUCGCUCAUUGAAGACAUGCUUUCUUAGCAAGCAAAGCACAUCCUCUCUCCUUGCCGAUCACGACACCACAGUCGUUAAUCAGCUGUACACAGCGGUUCCAUAACUAUUCUAUAUACAAACUAUUUACAAGUUGCAAAGUCCACCGCUCAUUGGAGACAUGCUUUCUUAGCAAGCAAAGCACAUCCUCUCUCCUUGCCGAUCACGACACCACAGUCGUUAAUCAGCUGUACACAGCGGUUCCAUAACUUUAUAUACAAACUAUUUACAAGUUGCAAAGUCCAUCGCUCAUUGGAGACAUGCUUUCUUAGCAAGCAAAGCACGUCCUCUCUCCUUGCCAAUCAGCAAAGCUCUCAUAUUGCUGAUAGCACAUUCCACAGCAGAAUAAGACAAACUCCUCUGAGACUGGAAGUCAUGACCUUAUUGGCUCGGCAAGGCUAUCACUCAAAUUGGCACUUGUGGUGCUGGAAAAACAUGUCCGGAAUACAGUUGCCAACCUUCAACAGUAAACACUUGAUUCAGCCUUACACCAAAAAAUACACCAACAGAAACGUCAGGAGAGAAUGCUUCUGGAACAUGGCCAGACAGCAUGGAAAACUCGCAGCAACACAGUGAUUCCGGCCAGGAAAGCCUUCGACAACACAUACCGUAUAUACUCGAGUAUAAGGUCAUACAGCCCAGAAAACUCACCGCAACCCAUACUGAUAAGAGAUUUGCACCCCAAACUUUCCCUCUUGACCGUCCCCGAGAAGAGGGAAUGUAGAGUAGAAAGGGACCCCUAAAGGCUAUCCAGUCCCACUGGUUCUGAUGGUGCUUUCUUUUUGCUCAUUGCGGGAUCCCCGUCCUGUUCCGCUGCCAAUAACUCCGCUCGCCCUCUUGGCUUUUCUGCUUGGAGAAUCAACCACAUUUUCGGGGCGUUGCACUAAAUAAACCCUCUUAUUUAUUUAAUUAUUCGGAACAAUUCCGCCACGAAAGGGAGAAACGAUCCGGCACGACGAAUCGUGUUCCUCGCAAUAAUAUGGACUUUCUGGACGGAGGGGAGGGCGAAAAUCCGGGAUAGCGGGGAGGGUGGGCGGGGCGGAGGGUUCAAUGUGGUCGCCGUAGGAAUUAGAAGACGUUACUUUGCAAACCGGGGCGGGUCGGGAGGGGGGCUUGUUUUCGCGCAAAGCCAUGGCAGCCGCAUUGUGCUUUCGUGGAUCGGAUGCAACGGAGCAACGAAAAGAGUUCAAAUACGACAGGUAAAGGAGGGAAGUCGGGGCGUUCGAAGGAACCGAAUCCGGGAACGUUCUGCGAAGCCCACCAUUCUCUCCUAGCGUUGUUUACUUUCAAACAUUACGCUUCCAACCCAUAGCUCAAGACAAGUUUGGGGUAGGGUUGCUGCGAGUUUUCCGGGAGGUACGACCAUGUUCCGGAAGCAUUCUCUCCUGACGUUUCGCCCACAUCUAUGGCAGGCAUCCUCAGAGGUUGUGAGUUCUGUUAGAAUAUAUAUAUAUCUGGGGAAUGUCCAGGGUGGGAGAUAGAACUCUUCUCUGUUGGAGGUAAGUGUGGAUGUUGCAAUUGGCCAGCCUGAUUAACACAUAAUAAUAAUAAUAAUAAUAAUAAUAAUAAUAAUAAUAAUUUGUUGGAGGCAAGUGUGAAUGUUGCAAUUGGCCACCUUGAUUAGCACUGAAUAAUAAUGAUGAUAAUAAUUUUGUAUCCCAGUGGAAUAUAUAUAUAUAUAUAUAUAUAUAUAUAUAUAUAUAUAUAUAUGAGGAAUGUCCAGGGUGGGAGAUAGAACUCUGUCUGUUGGAGGCAAGUGUGAAUGUUGCAAUAGGCCACCUUGAUUAAUACUGAAUUAUUAUUAUUAUUAUUAUUAUUAUUAUUAUAUUUUUGUACCCCGCCUUCAUCUCCCCAUUGGGAUUCGGAGGCAAGUGUGAAUGUUGCAAUUGGCCCCCUUGAUUAAUACUGAAUAAUAAUAAUGAUGAUGAUGAUGAUGAUGAUGAUGAUUAUUAUUAUUAGGCUUUGAAUCCUUCUGCAAUCAUCACAUUAUUAUUAUUAUUAUUAUUAUUAUUAUUAUUAUUAGGCUUUGAAUCCUUCUGCAGUCAUCACAUUAUUAUUAUUAUUAUUAUUAUUAUUAGGCUUUGAAUCCUGCAGUCAUCACAUUAUUAUUAUUAGGCUUUGAAUCCUUCUGCAGUCAUCACAUUAUUAUUAUUAGGCUUUGAAUCCUUCUGCAGUCAUCACAUUAUUAUUAUUAUUUUAUUGUACAUAAAUAAUAAUAAUAAUAUGAUGAUGAUGACUGCAUUAUUAUUAUUAUUAGGCUUUGAAUCCUUCUGCAGUCAUCACAUUAUUAUUAUUAUUUUAUUGUACAUAAAUAAUAAUAAUAAUAAUAUGAUGAUGAUGACUGCAUUAUUAUUAUUAUUAGGCUUUGAAUCCUUCUGCAGUCAUCACAUUAUUAUUAUUAUUAUUAUUAGGCUUUGAAUCCUUGCGCAUUCAUCCUCAUCUUAUGAUUACUGUUACUGCUAUUAUUGUCUGCAGGGGAAUUCCAGAUGGGAAAUAAUCAGGGCCAGCGAAGACUUCCCCAACAAAGGAUUCCCCCAGGCGGGAAGCAGCCAGGCUUUGAAACUGCUAGGCUAUUCAAUGCUAACCAAUUGCAAUUCACGCUUUCCUCAGACAAGGGUUCUUUCUCCCACCCUGGACAUUAUUCCACAGGUAGAUAAACAGUAGGUAUGUCCAAAAAAUCAUUUUGAAUCUUAUAUCGGAUUUAUAUCAGAUUGUUCUCGCUUUUUGAGACGCAUUCCGAGACGUUUGGGUGAAAAAUUCGGAAAUACUUUCUAUAUCGAAACGCCAGCGCCCCCUACUUUAGAAACGAGAAUUGAAACAUGCUUAAUAAACAGACCUCACAACCUCAUGGGUGUGGGCGAAACGUCAGGAGAGAAUGCUUCCGGGAUAUAGCCAUGCAGGCCAGAAAUCUCACAGCAACCCAAUUCCGGCCAUGACAAAAUUUUGGGAGGAAGGACGAGGGUGGACGCUCGAUAACUAAUUAUCUAAUUCUUUCUUUCGUUUGUUCUUUUGGUGCUUGCCAUGCCUUUGGAGCUCUUUCGCCACAGCAAUAACGCCGCUUGCAUGGGACCCGGGUGCGAGGGAAGCCGGGUUUGGUUCCGCACUCGGGUCCGCAUCCCAAAGCUUAACGGAACCCGGAACCAAAAGGCCGGGAGGAGCGAGCAAAACCCGAACCCGGAUCUCUCUCUCUUUGCCGCGAGCCCAUUUCAUGUCUUAAAAAAAACGGGUCGGCGGGGAUGCGAGGAAUCCUUAACGUCCUUAUUUAUUUAUUUCGUGCUGCCUUUUGUUUGUUUAUUUAUGUCUGAGAUGGGGGAGAAAAAUAAGGGAAGGGGGAGGACCUCGGUUUCUAUUUAUGUUCCUUUUUUGUCAUAUUUUUGUAAAACCAGCAGAAAUGCAAUAAAAAUAUAUUUCAACAAGAA